GCGAUUGGCUGUUAGGCCGUGGGUCUCCGCCCUACAGCCCUGCGCCUGCGCGUGGGCCUGGGCCGCCCGUCGUACCUGAUGGUAGGAGGCAGUAGUUCCCCGCUUCCCUUCCGCGGGAGGGAGAGUUAGCUAGCCAUCCAAGAAAACACCAUGAAAGAUAACGAUAUCAAGAGACUACUGUAUACCCAUCUUUUAUGCAUAUUUUCAAUUAUCCUAAGUGUCUUCAUUCCAUCACUCUUCUUGGAGAACUUCUCAAUAUUGGAAACACACUUGACAUGGUUGUGCAUCUGUUCUGGUUUUGUAACUGCUGUCAAUCUAGUACUAUAUUUAGUAGUGAAACCAAAUACAUCCUCUAAAAGAAGUUCAUUAUCACACAAGGUAACCAGAUUUUUGAAAUGCUGUAUCUACUUUCUUAUGUCUUGUUUCUCCUUUCAUGUAAUUUUUGUUCUGUAUGGAGCACCACUGAUAGAGUUGGCAUUGGAAACAUUUUUAUUUGCAGUUAUUUUGUCUACUUUUACUACUGUGCCUUGCUUAUGUUUGUUAGGACCAAACCUCAAAGCAUGGCUAAGAGUGUUCAGUAGAAAUGGAGUUACAUCCAUAUGGGAGAAUAGUCUCCAGAUCACUACAAUUUCUAGCUUUGUAGGAGCAUGGCUUGGAGCACUUCCUAUUCCACUGGAUUGGGAAAGACCAUGGCAGAUGACAGUAGAAAGAAAACGUAGCACUUAUAGAUCUCUCCAUGUACCCUGCAGGGGGCUUGGUACUGUGAAAUGAGUAACUUAAUCCUGACAACCGUAGUGCAAGGUAUGGCCCAUCUCCUGUACGCUUGGAGCGACCUUUGGCUACGUGGCUGGCCUUGUUAUUUCACCACUCUGGAUAUACUGGAAUAGAAAGCAACUUACAUACAAGAACAAUUAACUGGAGCAAAGGGAGAUAUUUCUUUGUGCAGAUUCCGUAAGGGCUGUGCAGAAAUGUGUAUGGUCAAAGCCAAGCAGUUCCAUUUACAGCUCUGUUUUUUAUGUAGUUACAACAUGAUGUGAUUGUAGCUUUUUAAACUAUGAAACCCCUGAGAGAUUGUACCUUCUAGUUGAAAUAAAGUAUUUAUAAUAGA